UGUUGAAUUGUUACAUUUGCCUGUGAAUAGAGUUAAUCAAAAAUUAAAUACAAAAACUGAUCGAAAAUGCCCGCCGUCGAAAAGUAUGUUAUAUACGAUUGGAAGCGCCUCUGGCAAAUGGUGUCCGGCAUCCACUAUGAAACACCCAAAGGCACAGUGCGCGAAGAGCUAUUGAAUGUCUGCUCGGAGCUGCAGGCAGGCGUCCUGCAGUUCAAGCCCAAGAGCGCCUCCAAUGUGGAGCUCUGCACGCUGCUCAAAGAAAAGAAACAGGAGAAACUGUUGCCCUUCACAGAACGUCUGCAGGAGCUGCUCAACCUGGAGUCCGCGCAAUGCUGGGAGAUACUAUGCUACUAUCUGACCAAAGAGUAUCGCGGCUCUGCCAGUCUGCUCACACAACUCAUCUCCACAGAGACGAACAUGACCAAGCUGUUGGAUGACAUUCGUCACUAUUAUUCCCUGGAGCGCAUGAUUGUGCUGAAGAUUGUGAAGAAUCUGCUUGUCUUUUACCACGUACCCAAUCAUCCGUACCAUGCAGAGUAUAGGGAAGUUGUGGACAAGAUCACACUGGAACGCUUGCUCGAGUCCUACCUCAACCAGCUGGAUAGCUUGAUCAAUGAGCUGCCGCCACGCAAGCUGCUGGCAGGCGAGAGUUUCCACUGCACGGAUCGCCUGACCAACUGGUCGGAGCGCAACGCACGCGAGACCAACGAAGUGCUGCACAUUCUGCUGCUGAUCAGCGAACACAGAAGUUUUAGUUUUAGCCAAAUCACGCGACUCUUUUCCACCAUCAAGCAGCAUUCCUUUGGUCGCCUACAGAGCUAUCUCAACGAGUCAAAUCCCUAUCACAAAGAACUGAUCAAAACUUUAACCUACUCGGAGCUGAUGCUGCUGCUCAAGUGCCUGGACAGUGACAACGGAGAGCUAAUCCAACAACUUAUUGCGGAGCUCCAUGUGGAGAUAUCCAGCAUGCAUCAUCGGCCAGAGCACGGCCCACUGCUGCUCGUCUGGAUGCUGUUGCGCCUGCGCGGCACAAACGAUGCCGAUGAUGCUUCCAGUCUGCUGCGCUGCCGCCAGCUGGGCAAGCGAGCUGUCGAGCUCAAGUGCUUCGAGCUGCUGCACAGCAUUGCUACACACACAAUGUUCUCCGACGACAGCCUGCUCUCCCGCAUCGUGAGGAAGACCAUCUACAAUCAACUGUGCUACAUGUGCGACCUGUUCGAUGGCGACGGCAGCUGCGCCCGCUAUGAUGGUAUCUUUGCGCUGCUGUGUGAGCUGCUCUCCUUUCCCCAACUGGCCAAGGACUUCUGCAAUCGUAAAGAGGAUGGCGUGCGCUCCUUGUAUAAUACUCUGCUCGAGAACUUUCCUCUGCAGUUCAUAGACUUGGCCAACGUGGCCUAUGCCUUAACCAAGGCCGGCCAAGGCAACUAUAUCAAAGCUCAGAUGGAGUCGCUGCCCAUGCUGGCGCUGCUGUAUGACGAGCAGGCGCACAAGCUCAGGGAGUUGGAAACGAAUGAGUAUGAGCUCACCAGCCCUCUGCAGGCCUUUCCCGGCAUCGAUUUCACGCUGCCCAUUGGCACCAGCUGCACCGCUGUGCAGCAUGCGAACGGCUUCUACAUGCACUUUCGCUGCCAGGUGAACUUCUUCAAUGCACUGCAUCACGAGAUUAAUUGCCUGCUGCGCGAGAAGGCGCAGCUGCACGGUGACUUCGAAUCGAAUGAGCGCGUUUUACGUGUCGAGGCAGGGCUGAGGUAUCUAGAGCUUACGCUGCAGCGCAUCAAAUCCAUAGCAGCCAUCAGCCCUGAGAUGGUGCAUCCCACAGAGAUGUGCAUCGAUUUGCUGAGCAAAUUCAGGAGCGUGCAGUGCCCGCCUGCUCGCCUCUUAUCCAUUUGCCUAAAUGUGUGCACUGCGCUGUUGCCGCUCGUGGAUGAGGAGAUCUUCAUGCGUGUCAGCCAUUUGGAUAUACUGCCCAAAACGGGCAGUCAAUCGCUGCAGGACUACAAGCUCUGUGCGAGCGCAGUUUACUUCGAGUCGCGCUUCCUGGGCGCUAUCAUCGACAAUGUGGAGAAGAAGCAGGAGCGCUACGAUUUCCUCUUGGCCUAUCUGCACUUUCUGCGCACCUAUACGAAGCUCAAGCGGCAGCGCUAUCUGCAAGUGGAAAUACCCGGCUUGGUCUUUCUGCUGCGCGACGUGUUUCCCCACUUGCACACCUGGCACUUCAACUCGCAGCUGGACAAGAACAAGAUCUACUUCGAAGUGCUCAGCUUCAUAUGCGAUCUCUUUGAUAUCAUGGGCAGCAGCAACGAGGUGAAGUGCGAGAAGCGACAGCUGCUGCUCAAUGUGUGCGUUUACUCGCUGCUUAAUCUGGACAAUGGACUAAUACUUCUGAAAUUUGUGGGCGUUGGCAACGCCUUUGUCCAAUACACCAUGGAACUGGAGACGAACUGGAUGCAGCAGCAGCCGCAUGGACUCAUGAUGCUCGUGCGUCUCUCUAUGCGCAUAUUGAUGCAGGUGCUCUGCCUGAAGAGCCACGUCUACGGCACGGGCGCGCUGUCGCCACUGGAGGCGCUCAUCUAUACGCAGCCCAAGCAGCGGGACACGUUGCGCAUCAUACCCACUGUGUGCAGCUACAUGAGCAACAUAUUUGAUCGCUGGCUGCCCAUCGUGUCCUGUCGACUGUUGAAGCGCAUUGCGCUGGAGUUCAAUAUGUCGCUGUUGGCCUGCCUGGACAUGGAGGCAGAUCAGAUCAGACUCACGUUCAUGCAGAAGAUGCCCGAUCAGCUGGAGAGCGAUUCGAUUAAGAUAGCCAUACUGGAGCUAGUGGAUGCCUGCAUAGCCAAGCAGCCAGGUGUGACAGAGGCCUUCUUCAAGGUCAACUAUGCGAAUGAUAAGCGCUCGUUCUUCGGCAAGGAGUGCACGCCCAGCAUUGGGGACAGCAUUGUCACCUACAUGAAGGAGUUUCUCGAUGGCCUCGAGGAGGUGCCGCUGAUCAUACAGCAGACGUUGCCCUGCAAGGUAUUGAACAUCUUUCAUUCGCUGUGGAAGCACAAUCUGAAGAUGCUCGUGGAUGAGCUGCUCAAGCAGCCUCACUUCUGGAGGAAGCUUUGCAGUCCGCUCUUGACCAAACCCACCAGCCAGCCCCAAAUGAGAGUCUACACGCAGCUGAUAAACAUUAUCUCCAUCGAGAUCUACAGCACCGGCAGCAAAAAAAAGACCGACCUACGCGAAGUGAUGCAGAAGUUCUUCGAGCUCGACUGCUUCCAGCAGUGGCUCGACUAUAUCUUCAAUUUGCCCAAGGUUCCGGCUAAGCAGAGCUGCAACGAGGAGCUGCCCGACUGGAUAUGCUGUUUGCAAUCGUUUAAGGACUUAAUUGUCAUAUUGCUGAAGAAGCAGCCCACGUUCAUCACGAUACCCGAUGCCCAGUUCAAGCUGCUGGCCAAGAAGUGCCUGACAACGCUUGUGGACCGUGCCAACUACUUGGAGGACAUGCGUCCCUUCAUCAUGCUGGCCGAGCUGUACAUAUUCAUACUGCUGCAGUUCAAGCAGUCCUACACGAGCAGCAGCGAGGAGGAGAAGGAGCUCAUGGAGCAGCUGGAGCAACUAAUCCUACGCAUCUGCGCCUGCUACGAGGACUUGCAUGUGCGCGCCAAGGAAGCGUGCCUGGCCAUCAUAACCAAGUGUGCGCACCUAUAUGCAAAUCUCCUGAUCAAAGAAUCUAGUAUAUCGAUGCGCUUUCUCAACUCUGUGGUCACCAUCAUUUCAAGGGAGCUGCUCGAUAUGGAGAAACCACAGGCGCCACUGAAGCCGCCACUGAAAGCACCGCCGCAGGAAGCCAACGAUGGCACCGUAACCACAAAUUCGCUCCUCUUGUGCCUUAAUCUCCUGAAGACAGUUGCGACCAUCUUUACUAUGGAUGGACCCGGUAACUGGGAUUUGCCGUUCUUGUCGGUGCGUCUCUUCCAGCGUCUGCUGCACAGCGUCUCGCACACGCUGCCCGUCCAUAACAAGCGUACGCUUAGCAUCCAGCUGCUGGACGUGCUGAUCGUGUUCGCCAAGAGCAGCUGCUCCACAGAGUUUCUGCACUGCGACAUGGGCGAGCAUCUGUGGCUGAAGCUGCUGCCGCCACGCGAACUGCUUCAUGCGAAACUCUCAUUCAAAAAGCCCACAAAGGACAACGUCUGGACUAUGGAGCAGUGGUGGCCCAUCUACUCGCGUGGCAUUGAGCUGGUCAACAUCAUCUACGACAAGCACAAGAAGUGUUUCCUGAAGGAAGUCAUUCAAUUCGUGGGCAUACAUGAGGUUUAUCUGGUGGACUCCCUGCUGCUGGGCAAACAGUCCCUGGAGCCCGCGGCCAUGAAGUUAAUCAAGGCGGCCAUCUCCCUAGUGGCCAGCUUAACGAAGGAUCACAAGGAAUGGGCGCAGGAGAACUGCUCAUCCAUGCUCAACAUUAUGAAUGCAGUCCAGGGUCUGAUGUGCCACGCCAUGUCCAUGUUUCAUCAGCAGCGCAACUUGAAGUGCUUGCUCGCCGGCAGACGCUCGCAGCUGGAGAUGUUGCGCAACAUGGAAUCGAUUACCAUCGAUGAUAAUAUGAUCAAUGCUUGCAAUGAUCUGACUGACAUCAUUAUAUUCUGUGUUAAGGCAAUGCAAAAGUUUAGUCCCGAUCUGUUGGACAUCCUUUGCUGCAGCUACUAUGAGCCGCACAAGUGGCAGCCGUUGCUGGACGUUAAAUUUGGGGCGCCUAAGCUGAAUGAGAGCAGCUUAACUCUCACCUUUGGCAUGGUGCUCAACAUGGUGACCAUCUACGUAAAGGCAUUAACUAUGCAAAAUCACGGCUUCCACGAGGUGCCGCUUAAUACGCUGCCCAGUGUGGAGAUUGGCGAGGCGACAGGCCGCAUGGCCUCGGGUGAGACGUCUCACGGCCAGCGCAGCUUCUCGCACUCUGUGUCCACUGCCGGCUGUCCGUCGAGCGAAUUGCUCUCCAAUUUGGACGGCCAGCUCUGUCUGGUGGCGCUGGAGCAUUUGCUCAUGCUGGUGGCCUCGCAGAGCAUCUAUGUGAUACGCUCGCCGGAACUGGAGCCGCGCUGGAAGCAAAUUGUACGACGCGACAUCAGCAGCGACCUGCUCAGCUUUCAUGAGUUUGUGCGUCGCAAGGUGAUCGUGGACUAUCGGGAUGCACGCUGUCAGUGGGUGCGACGCAAGCACGGAUUGCUGAAGUUUAGGCCACAGAAUGUGGGCCGAAGUCCGGCUAUUGCCUCCGGCAGUCAGCGCGGCAACGAGGUGGCACGCCGCAGCACCACCGCCAACGAGCUGCGCGUAAAUGUGGUACGGCGUCUGCACUUGCAGCAGCAUGCCCAACCACUGCAGCCACAGUCUGGCAGCUUGGAGAUGACUCGCAUGCUAAGCCCCAUUGCAGCGCCUCAUUCAGGUGGUCGCCAUCAGAUGGCAGCAUCUACGCCGCAGGACUCAACAGAUGUUAGCGAAGCCCAACAUGAGAACAGAAAACGCUUGUAUGCGGCAGAGUCAAUGGCGCUUGAGGUGCAGUACUUGCCCCCGCCCACGGAGCCCAUCUAUUGCGAAUUGUCCCAGGUGCAGCUUGUCGAAGAGGAUUAUCUCCAGCUGAUGUCUGCGCUGUUUAGUGUUAUACCACAAACCGAAUAGGAUUCUAGCGUAAGCUAAAAUAGGAAUAUAAUUUAGCUUAAGCUUGUAUUUUCAUGUGAAAUCAUUAGGAAGUUUGUAUGUAGAUUGUAUACAUGUUUAAAUAAAGAAUAAACAAUUUGAAACU